GGUCAUUCAUCCCCGCCCACUUUGAGAUGUUGCUUUUGACUGUGGCCAUUUUACCGACGAGUCUUGAAAAGAAAUAUUUUAUCGACAUUUUGCGCUGAAUUUUGUAUUCACGGAACAUUGGAAUACAAAUGGGAACGGCUUUCUAAGAUUGCAAGUGAUAGGAACAAUAACAUCAUUGGUCCUUCUGAGACAUGGAGCCAAGGGGUGGAAGAGGUGACCGAAUGGGUCGUUAUGGCCACUCCAGUGAUCCCAACUUUGUGGAUAAAGACUACCAGAACUAUUGCCAUGACGGUGAAGAAUAUAAUGCUGGUGGAGAUGAAGACCAUGCUGGAUUUCAUAAAAGAGCAGAGAGUUAUGAGGAAAAAGAAUCUUUGUGGCCCCAUUUCCCUCAUCUGCCACAAGUCCAUCCCAUGCUGCCAAUUGCAGAGGAGGCGUCCAGAAGAGAUUUUGAACAAUUGCGGAAUGCGAGUAGAAUUCGAGCUAGCAGUGGGAGAGGCUUUCCUGAUAACACAGCCUCACUUUUGGGCAGUGGCGAGGCAACCUGGGGAUGUUCACGACACGACAAGCUGGAUGAUGUCACGGGACGUUUGGAAGCUGGGAGGAGACGGGAGUUUCCGGGAGAGGCAGAGGAGCAAGGUGGCAGUACUGCCGAGGCAGAUAUCUCUUUGGAGGAGUUUGACAAACGGGACCAGGAUUAUCGUGUGGAUCUGGAUCACAAUCAGCGGCCAAGUAACAUUGUGAUGCUUCGCAUGCUGCCAUCUAAUGCCACAGCUAACAAGAUCCGGACACAACUUGAGGAGCAGGGAAUCGAGCCCAGGGAGGUUCGUCUCAUGAGGAACAAGUCAUCAGGUCAGAGCCGAGGAUUCGCCUUCGUCGAGUUUAAUCUCAUACAGGAGGCCACCCGCUGGAUGGAGACCAACCAGGGAGUGCUGUCAAUUCUGGGGCAUAGAGUUUCAAUGCACUACAGUGACCCAAAACCCCGCGCCAACGAGGACUGGCUCUGCAACAAGUGUGGUGUACAAAACUUUAAAAGAAGAGAGAAGUGCUUCAAAUGCAAUAUUCCCAAGUCAGAGGCUGAACUGAAGUUGCCACAAUUGCAAAGAGAUUUAACUCUUCAUCCUCAGAAGGAUGGAGUACAGGGCUUACUACCACUGCCACUGCCCUACCAUUCUGGUCCUUCUUCCAACGCAGGCCAAGCUGCACUCCAGGCAGAUGUCGCCAAUGACACUCUGAUCAUCCGAAAUCUCGGCCCUCAUACAUCAGUUGAUGUCAUUCUGUCCGCUCUGGCUCCGUUUGCGACUCUCUCCCCAUCCAACAUUCGUCUCAUCAAGGACAAGCACACACAUCUGAACCGGGGCUUUGCCUUUCUGCAGCUGACGACUAUUGUGGAGGCUUCCCAGUUACUCCAGAUCCUGCAGGCUUUGCAGCCACCGCUCUCCAUAGAUGGGAAGGUCAUCGUGGUGGAGUAUGCCAAGGGCUCUAAACGUGAUGUUUUUAUGAGCGACGGGGGGAGGGUCAGUGCCGCUACAGUGGCAAGCACAGCUAUUGCUGCCGCUCAGUGGGCUGUAACACAGACUAAUCCGAACGGCGCCGUCCAAAAUGCAGAGUCAGCAGUAUUCCAGCAGGGGGCAGCAGUGUCCUACAGUCAGGCAGCGCAUGAAUUUUCUGGGCAAGAUGGAAAUUUCCAGGUGGGCAUAAACACCAGGGUGGCUGCUUUGCCUGGUGCCAGCGCCACAGUGACAGGAUCCCCAGUUAUCUCAUCUGAGGCAGGUGUCAAAAGGGCUCUGCCUCAGGGCACCACUCCAGCCUCACAGGUUGAAAUAGUUGGAAAACCACAGCCGGCGAGUCAAAGCCAACCUGCGACACCAGGAACAGAACUUGAGCUGCCACAGUACCCUGUCCCAGAUGUGUCCACGUAUCAGUAUGAUGAGAGCUCCAGCUAUUAUUACGAUCCACUCACUGGUCUUUACUAUGAUGCCAGCUCACAGUACUAUUACAACCCUCACACACAGCAGUACAUGUACUGGGAUGGAGAGAAGAAAAACUACAUUCCGGCUGCGUCCAGUCUGUCCAACACAGAUGGUACUCCCUCUGGUGAUCCUGCUUCAGAUGGUUCUGCAGCUGGGAAGGAGAAAAAAGACAAGCCAAAGAGCAAAACUGCUCAACAGAUCGCCAAAGACAUGGAGCGGUGGGCUAAAAGUCUCAACAGACAUAAGGAGAACAUGCGUGCUGGGAAUUCCUCUGGUGGAGGAGGAGCCGGCGGACGCCUGGAUGAGCGCCGGGAGUCUGCCAGUGCAGACGCUGGUUAUGCUGUCCUCGAGAAAAAGGGGGCGCUGUCUGAAAGGCCUCAAAUCUUAUUGGACCAGAUGAGGCAAGCAGCGGAUUCCCCCACUUCUCAGCAGCACGGUCUGGUUCCCGCUUAUAGUGGAGAAACGGACAGUGAUGAAGAAGGUGGAGACAAGGAGGAGAAGGAAGGAAGGAUGACUGACUGGGUCAAGCUUGCCUGUCUUUUGUGUAGAAGACAGUUCCCAAGCAAAGAGGCUCUUAUCAGGCACCAGCAACUGUCUGACCUACAUAAACAAAAUCUGGAGCAGAGACGAGCCCAACUGGAAGCAGUUGGCAAAGAGAGAUUUUCGGGUGGGUUUGAGCCUCCAGAUGCUAAGAAGAAAAAGAUGAAUUCCAUUGGGGGGAUUUCGGGAACCAGCCUCGGCGCCAGGAUGCUCCAACGAGGAGUUAAAAGAGGACUUCUACUGAGAAAUAUGCAAAUGGAAUGAGCCUUCCUCCAGGACAUGGAUGAAACAUUUUUGCCGUUAGCUGAAGCAAUGUGUAGAUAAACCUCAAAUUUGGUUGAAAUUCACAUUUACCUCAUAAUCUAAACACGAUGUGUAGCGGUGGGUGUCAGAAUGAAGCACAUAUCGCACCUUUUCUUUCUGAAGAGUUCUAUCAUUUGCUAUAUCGCUGUUUACACAAAUUUGCCGUUAACUUUGAUGGCAGCAACUUGCAUCGUCUAUGCACCAUAGUUCUUAUUGAAUGCUGUACGUCAUUCAGUGAAUGACUUAAGGCUUAAACUGUGUAUACUUUUGAGGACCUUUUGCCCUGUAUCAUUUCUUACUGUCCACUGUGGGAACUACAAGACUGUGGCUCCAUCUACUGAACAUGUGGGGAGAAUUUGUUGUCGUUCAAUUUGUAAAAUUGCUCUUCCUUAUUUUUUGUCAAGUAUUUGCGAAGUGUAUGUAAAUUUGGGUUUUAAAUGAUGGAUGACUGAGCUCUCGCAAGU